CAAACGCAAAACCGUGCUUUUUCCAACAUGGCGUGUCGUAUGUGGGACUCCGUGUAAAUUGUUCCCUGUUGAGAGUUGAGACUGGAAUGCGUGUGUGUUCAUUCAUUAGUUAUUCAGCUAUUGUAUCCUAUUUCAUUACCGAAGCCUGAGACACCAUGAUCUCCAGGGUCCAUGGUGCACCAUGAAGGUCGUUCAUGUAUGUGAUUGCAAAGAAGAUCAUUUGAGUUCAGUCUGCUGUUUCACUCUGCUGCAGCUGUCUCAUCCAUCCAAAGUGAGAAUCCUGCAUCUGGUGGUAGACGAAAUCUUGCCAUUGAUGAUCAGAUGACACAGAUGUGUCCUGGAGAGGAUAGACAACCAGGCAUCCCAUCAUUAAUACUUCCCCUAGUCCAACCAACCUAUUAGUUCAUCUAUCAUUUGUAUUUGACAGAUAUACAUGUACAAGUAUAUUUGCAUUCGUUAUUUUUGGAUAUGAACGGACUUUGUCGAGGAAACAAAGUAAAUAAAGAUUGACAUAUCUAUAGCUCCGAGAUUGACAGUCCUCUUGUAGCCACUAUCAGGAAAGGAGAUUGUGAAUAACGCUGUGUGGACGGGAAAUAGCUCCUCAGAUCAUGAUAGUCGGUCAUCAGUGGUGAUAACCGCGAGCACACUCGAGCUGCUUCCUGAGAGAGACUAUGUAGUUCCACAUGAGGAUUUGAGUAUCUGGAUGUAGGUGACAUUCAGGUACUUAAUCGGAAGAGACCUUCACUGCGAGGAUUUAAUCAACUUGUAUCAGUUUGAAACAGUUGCCGGUCUCUUGGGUUUGUGAAACCGGGCAUUGGGAGUGUACCUUUCUUGUGGAUGUAUUAAAUGGCUUCAGAAGACUACUGCCCCUGUAACAGUGAAUGUAACGCUUCAUCAAGGUACAGCAGCAGCCCAGAUCAGAGGACAAGUGCUGAUAAUCAUGCACUCAAAGAACACUACACCCCUGUGCUAGUCAUAGGUAAUGGCCCAUCUGGGAUCUGUCUGUCAUAUAUUUUGUCUGGUAACUGGCCAUACUUCACGGGCGAGCCACAUCCAAACCCUAUAUUGCAACUCAAACUUGAAGGGAAUGAACACCAGUCUAUUUUAGAAUGUGAAUUGGAUAACCUAAGCGAAGGCCUUGAGGGACGCUCCCACAACCCUGUGGCCCUUCUGUUUGACACCCUGUCCCGCCCUGGGGCUGACCUGGGAGAGGAUGAGAAAUCUCGUUUGGAAUGGCGCCACCAACAGACCAAUGCUGUGGAUCAUAUCGUACUUGGGACGGGAAAGCCAGGUGGAUCGUGGUGGGAAAUGGAUGACUCUGUAUUGACCCUUAGUCUUGGAGCAUGGAUGGAGAUGCCUGACAUGAGCUUUGAUGAAUGGGCAGCUGAGUACAGGGAAAUACACAAGGACACCAUGGUGGUGAACAACCAACAAAGAGCGACAUUGUCUGAGGUGGCACACUACUAUCAAGAUUACGUCAAGACCAAGAAGCUGGAUGACAACUUUGUGCCUUACACCAAGGUUCUUUCUAUCCGUCGUCUCAAGGGCCGACGUGUCAUCAAUGAUGAAAGUGGAGAGCCGGAGAUCCGAUGUCAGCGAUGCUGUAAGCUGGAGGGAGAGAAUCUCUUUGAGGUCAAAGGUGAGCACAUCGACCCCCAUUGUGGUUGCCGGCAACAGUUCACUGUGCUGUCUCCCAACGUUGUUCUUGCAACAGGGAUGAUGGGGAAACCGAAUCGGCUGAACGUUCCGGGAGACGAAUUCCGGUAUGUGAGGUACGACCUGAAGUACCUUGAGUCUGCCAUUCAGGAAGGGGAACUUAGUUGUCAGUCCUAUCCUGUUCUGGUGAUAGGGUCGGGACUCUCUGCUGCCGAUGCCAUUUUGAUGGCUCGGAAUGCAGGAGUGCCAGUUGUCCAUGUCUUCCGGAGAUCACCAUGGGAUUCUGCAAUUUCCCUCAGCAAAUUGCCCAAGGUUGUGUACCCAGAGUACUAUCGAGUCCUGCAGAUGAUGCGAGGGGAGCUCAAGGAGGAGGGGUACACGCCAUUUCCAAAGCACCAGGUGCUAGAUUUCAGCAGGGACUUCUUGGUUACCAUAUCAGGUAGCGAUGUAACACAGCAUGUAGCUGUCUCAAUGGUCACCGUCUUGAUAGGAGCCAAGCCGGACCUGUCUUUCUUACCUGGUGGAGGGGUUAGCCUGGGUGAAGAAAGCAGCGACAUCAACUGCAAGAAUAAUCCUGUAAGUGUUGAUCCCAUAACCAUGGAGACAGAGGCGGAGCCUGGGCUGUAUGCCAUGGGUCCUUUGGUUGGUGACACAUUUGUUCGAUUUGCCUCUGGAGGAGCCCUGGCGAUUGCCAGUCACCUCGUAAAGAAGAAGUGUUGUCAGAAUUCAUGCUGUAUGAGCUCCUAACACAAAUAUGGAGAUUGUCAAAAAAUGUUGAUAUUUAUCAGUGUUUGAUUUGCUGACUAUUAAACAGAGUCAUUUUAUGGAAAAUAGUAUUUUUGAUAUGUAGUUUAAUAUCUUAAGAAACAUUAACAUCAAUUUAUCUAAAUUCACAUGUUUUAUUUGAUACAGAUUCCCAGUGAACACUUGUUUUCCGUUAUCCAUGCAAAAUUUUGAGGGAAAAGUGUUUUAUAUUAUGCUGCUGUUACAGUACUUUUCAGACGGUGGUAUUUUGUCUGAAAAAUCUUUAUACCACUUUACCAGACAUAUUUUGUUGGUAUGAUCAAUGCCAACUUUUCUCUUGUUUAUAUUAUGUUUUUCUCCUUGAAUUUGAAUUCAAUUUUCAUUCAUCGACAUACACAUACAUGUAACAUGCAGAGUUUUUUAAAAAGUCACAUUGUUCUCUGUCUCUAAACUGUCUAAAUUUCACUUUUCUUUAAUGCUUUUUGUUAUUUGUUUUAUAUGGAACUGAAUGUAACUCCUUUUAUAUGAUUUCGUUUUUUAUUCAGUAAGGGGGAGAUGUAAGUGCCUUUAAUUAGCUUACUAUUUGUAGAAAAUGCAGAAAUUUUUGUGGUUUCAUGAGACCAUUUUGACCCUUAUCUAACUUUGCCAAUGUAGUUAAAUAUUUCAAAGGCAUGUAUACUGAGCAUCCAGCCUAUAUUUCUGGAUGCAAAGGGAUUUUGGGGGGUAAAUUUACAAUAUGAUUCUAUUAUGCAUCCAUGGAUUAAAAUUCCAAAAAUAUUUCUCUUAUCUUGACUAAGACAAAGGCUGUUUUGGUUAGAGGAAGCCCAGUCGAAUGAAAGGUGAGAGUAGUGCUGGACUCCAACUUUCCUCCAACCAAGAUACUCCUACUGGUUUCGAGGAGUAUCUUCGUUGGAGGAAGAUCAGAUUAACUCUGUCGAGACUGGCACUACUCCAACCUUUCCUCUAACUGUGCUUUCUCGGAUGCUUCAGGCGACCAAAACAGCCUUUGUCUUGGUCAUGAUAAUCUUUGGAAAUUUAAUUCAUGCAUACACGCCAACUAGGAACCCACAUCUGAUCAAGGCUUAUGAUAGACAUGUGAAGAAUAACAAAAAUAGAUUAGCAGUAGUUAUUUUAUAACCUCAGAGUAUACUCUAUUGGACAUAUGACAAACAGUACAAUAAUCACACCAAAAAAGACUAAGAAUGGUAUAAAGCAAGACCCAUUUUGCCUGUCAAACAGUAAACCAUUAAGUUUUUAUAUUAUUCUUUACAAAUGUUGAAUGUGAUGACCUAAUUAAAAAAUUUGUUUUUGAAAUCAGUUUGGAAGGAGGAGUGAUGUAGCUGUAAUAUGUUUAUGUACAUACAUAACAGUAGGGAUGAGCUGACUUUCAAUAUUUUUAAUUGUACAAUAAAUGGGAAUACUGUAUGUA